ACCCCGACGGCCUCGGUCGCACUGUUUCUCCCGUUUACCGUCAAAAAAUAACCGUCGUUUUCGUGAUCCUGAAAUUUGUUCGUCGUGCUGCUGUUAUUUACGUAUAAUUUAUAGUGUUUUAUUCGUGACUAUCCGGUGAAAUAGGCGAAAUAAAACUCGGUGAACUAUUGCCGAUAAACAGUAAGUUGUUAAUUCGCCGAAAACAGAUGGAACGAAGGCGAUAAACAGUCGCGAAAAGUGAGCCCCAACGUCGCGUCGUUGCUGGGGCGGUGCUUGGUGCUGCUGCCUGUCACCACAAGGUAGGAGCGCUACCGAAAGGGGUAAACGGUGCAUUUUGGAGCGCACGGAGGCAGAAUUGAUAAGAUGACGAUGGAGCUGUCCAUUAUAGCGCAGUUUGAUGAGCUGCGUCGUUGCUCGGAUGUUUUGCGGGAAGGAACCGCCGAAAUAGAAUUUUUGAAGUUCGUUCAGCUGCAGGAUGAGUGUCGACUGCAGUGGUUGAAGGCAGUACAGGAAGCGCAGCGAUUGCAGCGUGAGCUGGACAAUGCCUUGCGGGGAAUGUCCGAUUUGGAGUCGAAGCUGUUCCACGCUCGGAAGUUGCUGGAAGAGGAAAACAAGGCCCGGCGACAUGCAGAACACGAACGGGAAGCAAUGGAAAAGAAGAUGGUUGCGGUAUGCGAUAUAGUUCGGAAUGAACGAGACAUCAAGGAUGAAACAAAAGAACGACUAGCCUUCAUGAAUGCCUACUCGUAUAAACGGAAGUCGACCCACAAUCGUAGCGACAAAUACGGAAACAAUGACAUCAACUCCACUGGAUCAUUCCUUUCGGAUCUGUCCCUCACCCAGUCGGAAGACGAUUUUCUCAACUCGAAGGUAUCACGUCACUCCGGGUUGCGACCUCAUCGGCCUUCAAACAAUAACGCAUCCGGAGCGUUCUACGUGGGCAAUAAGCGAACCCGUCUCAGUCACGACGCCUCGAAGCGAAAGAGUAUCAACCAGGAAAGUAAGAAAGUGAUCGAGUUGGACACGAACGAGAAAAUUAUCGCCCAUACAAAGGUAUCCGUGCCGCAGGAUGAUGGACCUAUUUUGGCAGAAUCGAUCAUCCAGGCCGUUCCCUCGCAUCAGUCAGCGUUCGACGUGAUGUCGAAGCCUUCGAUAGUGUUGCCCAAAGCUACGCCCAAGAAAGAUGCAAACUCGAAGGAGAACAUUUCACCGAACGAGUUCAAAACGCCUACAAAUGCGGAGAAAAAGUUCUCGAAAAUGAAUCUUUUCACCCCCUCGGCACCGCCGAUCGAAGAACUGCAAUCUGGAUUCAAUCGAAAUACGUUGACACCGUCCGUGAAACGUAGCUUUUUGAGGCAGCAUGCCUUCACCGGUAAAACGCACGCUUUCCUGAAGUCGGAAACGUGUGCGCAGUGUCAGCAGAGAAUUCGUUUUGGAUCCAGUGGACUCCGGUGCCGUGACUGCAAGGUCGUCGUUCACGCCGACUGUCGGGAUCAGCUUUCGAUUGCGUGCGUUCCCCAAAGCGGAGGAACACCCGGAUCCAAGAGUAAAUUCCCCGGUUUCCUGUCGGACUACACCCCCAACGUUGGACCGAUGAUUCCGGGUUUGAUCGUACACUGUGUAAACGAAAUCGAAACCCGUGGCCUGACCGAGGAAGGUCUCUACCGAAUUCCCGGCUCGGAGCGGGAAGUUCGUGCACUGAAGGAGAAAUUCCUCAGCGGAAAAACCGUCCCCAAUCUAGCCUCGGUGGAGAUCAACGUGCUGUGUGGAUGCGUGAAAGAUUUCCUCCGAUCACUGCGAGAACCACUGAUCCCGACGGCCAUGUGGAAUACGUUCUCCAACGCGGUGCAGGCCAUUUCUGCCAAGCAAGUGCAAAAGGAGCUGUACGACGCCAUCGAAAACCUUCCACAACCGAACCGGGACACUUUGGCCUACCUGGUGCAGCACUUCCAGCGGAUCGCCGAAUGUAAACUGGUCAAGAUGUCGCUGAACAACUUGGCCCGGGUGUUUGCUCCGACGCUUGUGGGCUACUCGAGCGAGACUGUGGACAAGCAUGCGAUGUUUGCUGAAACCGUCAUCCAGGUUAAUGUGCUGGAAGGUUUAUUCAACAUCCCCACCGAUUAUUGGGCGCAAUUUGUAAAUGUUGAACCGGAAUCCGACCGGGAUGAAGUACCACCGCAAAAGCCAUACGGUACGCUGAACGCCAAGAGCUACAUGGGUACACCGCUGCUGAAAAGUGGACGAAAAGAGCGGAAAUUCUACGCCACGCCUCCUUACCCUUCAUCAAAGAAGAAAUGAGAAACUUCUCAAAACAGCCUCUCCCCGGAGGUGUACUACAAACAGGGCGGUACUUAUCGAGGUCGAAACAAUGCGCGUAAGUGAUAACGUUCUGUUUACCUAUUUUUAAUGUCCAAACUACCGUCUGUUUACCUACCGAUCAGUAAUAUAACGUAAACGAUACCUGGUACUCUUACUUCGUAACACAAAGCACAAUCCCCCGGACGGAAUCACGGUGUCUGACUAUCCUGAUUCGUCCGAUUUUUUUUUUUCAAUUCAAUCAUUAAUGUGCUCUCUUUAAUUAUAUGGCUUAUUUCUGCUGAGGUAAAAUAAUCGAAAUCGCCGAAACAUUGUUGCUUUUUAAUUGAUGGUAUACUAUUUUUAGCAAUAAAUAUAUAUGUAAAUAUCAUGACAUUAGUUAA